AGACAAAUAGGAAAUGUGAAGGAAUAUGAGAAAGUUUUAUUAAUGCUUUGCGCUCAGGAUGUUUAAGGGUCACAGAGAACAAGGAGAAGAAGUAGAAGAAGCAUUUAUUUAUUCAGUUACAGGCUUAUCUGCCAGCCAUGGUGUUAUCUCUCAACCACACAGGGACCCAGGUGACCGAAUUCCUGAUGAUCUGCUUUCCAGGAAUGCAGGAUACCCAGCACUGGCUGUCUCUAGUCCUGGCUCCUCUCCUAGUUUUGGCUCUUGGGGCCAACUUUCUGUUAUUACUUGCCAUCUGGCAGGAGGCAUCUCUGCAUGAGCCCAUGUACUACCUGCUUGCCAUCCUUUCUGUGUUGGAUGUCAUCCUCUGCCUCACAGUCAUCCCUAAGGUCCUGCUCAUCUUCUGGUUCGACAUGAAGCGCAUCAGCUUUAUGGGCUGCUUCCUGCAGAUGUUCAUCAUGAAUACAUUCCUUCCCAUGGAAUCCUCCACCUUUCUGGUCAUGGCUUAUGACCGCUACGUGGCCAUCUGCCACCCACUGCACUACUCAUCCAUAAUCACGGAACAGUUUGUCAUCAAUGCGGCCAUCUUCAUCAUCCUUCGCAAUUUGCUGGCCACUCUGCCUACACCAAUUCUGGCUGCGAAACUCAAUUACUGUGCCAGCAAUGUAGUGGAAAACUGUAUCUGUGCCAACAUUUCUGUAGCAAAGCUCUCCUGUGGAGAUAUUUACCUGAAUAAGCUCUACCAAUUUGUGAGUGUUUGGUGCCUGUUGGGUUCUGAUCUGGUCCUUAUCUUGCUAUCCUACUGUUUCAUCUUGAGUGCUGUUGUGCAUUUGCAGUCAGGAGGUGCAACCACCAAGGCCUUGAGUACUUGUGGUUCCCAUCUCAUUCUUAUACUUUUCUUCUAUACAUUGCUGCUAGUCUUCAUCUUCACAAAUAAGGCAGGGAAAAAAGUGUCCCCAGAGGUACCCAUUCUUCUCAAUGUCUUGCACCAUCUCAUCCCACCAGCCCUGAACCCCAUUGUUUAUGGAGUACGAACCCAGGAAAUCAAGCAAGGGAUUAUCAAACUAUUCAAGUACCAGUGCUGAGAGAUGUGAGUCAAAGAUUAGGGAUUAUGGAAAUUUGAGUGUGUCAGUGAUGGUUUCAACUGAAUACCACAAGGAACACCAUGUAACAUCCAUGCUGCUACCCUCAUCUUUUAUUUAAACCUUCCUCAACCACUAUCACAAUAUUUACUCUCAGUAACCCUCUCCUGAAACCCUCAUUGAAUAUGUUUUGGUAUCCACUAUUUUCUUCAUUCUGACCCCUUGCCAUUGAUAUCUCAAUUACUCAUUCAUUAAAUAAGUAUUUAGUGCCUUCCACAUACUACUCAGUCUUUUCAUUCCAAAUGCCUUCACAUGUAAUUACCAGAGCAGGGAUGGGACAGUGCUUCAAAUAGAACAUGAGGAUUAUGGGUAGGACUGGAAAAAACAAUGAGGACUUUACUUCAAUAAUCCAGGUGGGAAAUUAUAAUGAUUUGAACUAAGGUGGUGAGUGAAAAUUGAAGUUAUGGGUCACAAGAUUUACUGAGAGUUUAUAAGGAGGUUGUAAAAGAUUGAGAGGAAUAAAGGGUUACACCAAAGUUUUUUUGCAAGAACAAUAAAAAAAGCAGAAUUGCAUCAAUGGCAGAGCUUUUUUUUUUUACAUAUGCUAUCAGAAGUUUAGCUUUAAACACUGAACUCCAUUUCCAUACCAAAUUCCUCCAAAUGACUCUACCUUUGAAAAGAUUUCCAGUAUAUUCUGACAGGCCUACAAUGAUAGUCACCUUCUCAUAGCCAAUCUUCCUUUGUUUGUUUGGAACCAGAAGUUCUGCUAUUUGUGAUCACAUCUUCCCUGUCAUCUCUGCCUUAUCCUCCCCAUGGCUGUAUCCCUCCCUAGGACUUCCCCUACUUCUUAGACUUCUGCUUUUUCUUUGUUUAGUACUCUGUACUCAUUGCUCCAACUGACUGGAACAGUAUUCUCCUUAUGUUCAAAUGAUGAACUUUUCAACAUUCAUAAUCUCAAUUA